AUCGACGAGGCUGUGUUGCUUUUGGCGUUGAUGCACAAAAGUCAUGUGAGAGGCUUGAUCAGAUGCAUAUGCGCCUGUCUUCUCGGAUGUCCCACCACGAACCUCCAGACUUCUCCCUACAUCUACUACAACAAUUCGCUUCUCGCUCCCACUCUGCUCCUUAGUCCAGACUUGUUUCUCAUUUCACAUCUGCCAUCUCUUUGCGUUUCCAAAUCGUCCUCCCAUAUCCAGAAGGCUAGGCCAAGGAACGCAUCUUCAGCCUCGUCGUUCCCGUCGUUCGACAUACCUACCCGGACUCACGAAAACGCCCAGGCUAAUCCAUUUACUCAUCGUUGCGUCUAUUUAUAAGACACACGACCAAAUGGAUCCUGUCGGUAUAGCUGGAACAGCUGCUGGGCUUGCCACCGCCGCCGUUCGCGCUUCUCUCGCCAUCCAUAGUUUGAUUGAGUCCACCACCAGAAGCGAUACCACAAUAGCGGCUUUCGAGUCUGAGCUCUCUAAUAUUUCCAAUGUCCUCGCGUCUUUAGGGACUGCCUUUACGCGUCCCAAUAUUGGGCAGCUUUAUUAGAAGACUGGGCGAAGGAAACCCCCAUAUAGGACACUAUUUGACAACGUCGAGAAAAUUUUGGAAGAUUGCAAAGAAACCCUUACACAGCUUAAAACAGCGCUCCCCGAAUUUAGUAGUGGGGACCGAUUUGGAAUGGACAUCUUUCGAAAAGUC